AGAAAAACAAAAAACCACCCCACCAGAAAUAACAGUAACAGCCAAUCCGACAAAGCCAGUGUCACAACCAGUUGCCAAAUAUGGCAGAACACCACCGGUUCACCACCCUUGUCCUACUGCGGCAACGAAGGUGAUAUCACUUGGUUCGCCCAAAACACCGGGUUUGUAUGGGAAAUCGCGCCUCAGUUCGGUGCCAUGGUUGUUUUUCCUGAACAUCGAUAUUAUGGUGAGUCUGUGCCUUAUGGAAGUAGAGAGGAGGCGUAUAAGAAUGCUACCACUUUAUCUUAUCUCACGGCUGAGCAAGCGCUUGCUGAUUUUUCUGUUCUGCUCAUUGAUCUGAAGCAGAAUUUUUCAGCCAUUGAUUGCCCUGUUGUGUUGUUUGGAGGAUCAUAUGGUGGAAUGUUAGCAGCAUGGAUGAGACUCAAGUAUCCUCACAUUGCUAUUGGGGCACUUGCUUCUUCGGCUCCAAUUCUUCAAUUUGAAAACAUUGUGCCUCCGGAAACUUUCUACGACAUUGUUUCCAAUGAUUUUAAACGUGAAAGUUCCACUUGCUUUACCUAUAUAAAACAGUCAUGGGAUGAGAUAGCAUCCAAGGGUCAAACAAAUGAUGGCCUUGAGCAUCUGACUAAAACUUUCAAGUUAUGCCAGAAAUUAAAAAGCUCUGACGAUCUAUUUGGCUGGUUGGAGUCUGCAUAUAGUUAUUUGGCAAUGGUGAACUACCCUUAUCCUUCUGACUUUUUGAUGACUUUACCUGGACACCCCAUCAAGGAGCUCUGCAGAAGGGUUGAUCAGGGUCCUGCAGGGACUAGUAUCCUGGAGCGCAUAUAUGAAGGAGUGAAUGUCUACUACAAUUAUACAGGAGAAGCUAAAUGUUUUGAACUGGAUGAUGAUCCACACGGCAUGAGUGGCUGGAACUGGCAGGCUUGCACUGAAAUGGUUAUGCCAAUGUCUAGCAGCCAGGAGUCCAGCAUGUUUCCACCAUAUGAGUACAACUACUCUUCCUACCAAGAGGAUUGCGUCAAGAGUUUUGGAGUGGAGCCAAGGCCAAAAUGGAUUACUACAGAAUUUGGCGGGCAUAACAUCCUUGCCACCUUGAAGAAAUUCGGAAGCAAUAUAAUCUUCUCAAAUGGCCUAUUGGAUCCAUGGAGUGGGGGCAGUGUUCUGCAGAAUAUAUCUGAAAGUAUUGUUUCUCUUGUUACUAAAGAAGGUGCUCACCACAUAGAUUUACGUGCUUCAACUGGAAAUGAUCCCGAUUGGUUGGUAGAGCAGAGAGCGACUGAGAUCAAGCUAAUACAAGGUUGGAUCAGUGACUACUCCCGAAAAAAUAAAUCUGUAUUUGAUAUGUAAUGUGGGUUUUCUUUCUUUGACUGAUCAGUAUUCAGUACAUGAUUCUGCACUGUUUGUAUAGCUCAACAAAACUUGUUUGCUAUGAGAGGAAGCGUUUUAUCUCAUGGUUCAGGAUAGCGCAAAUAGACAUGUUAUAUAUAGACACAAUGUUUCACUUAACAUGAUCAUCAUGUGACGUGAGAUAAUCCUAA